AUGAAACUCUUCGUACUCUCGGCACUAACAUGUGUUGCUGCGGCCCUGUGGCCGGUGCCUAAGUCUCUAGAGACCGGCAAUGACACCGUGUGGAUCAGCAAAGAUAUUCAAGUCUCCUACAGACAUGGCAAUAACUCCUUCAACUUUGACUUUGGCAAAGGGCAGGACAAUGGCCACGACGAAGUCACAGUCCGGGCUGUCGUGCGUGGUGCCAUCUCGCGCGCCCUCGGCAACAUUUUUAAUGAGGGACUCAUUCCAUGGAAGCUUGUCGCGCGCAAUGAGCUGGCCAACCAUGAGCCCUCUGCCAGCACUGACAAGACCUACAUCCGGAAGCUGUCCAUUAUCCAGACGGCCGUCGCCAACGACAGCAGCUUGAUUGGCCCCAGCAACGAGUCGUACGCGCUGCGCAUCGACGCCGAUGGCACGGCCUCCAUCACCGCCGCAGCGCCCGCUGGCAUCCUGCGCGCGCUACAGACCUUCACGCAGCUGUUCUACCAGCACUCGAGCAAGCGCGGCAGCUACACCAGGCUCGCGCCCGUGCGGAUCACGGAUGCGCCGCAGUUCUCGCACCGCGGGCUGAACCUGGACGUGGCGCGCAACUUUUACCCUGUAAAAGACGUGCUGCGCACCAUUGACGCGCUGUCGUGGAACAAGCUCAACGUGCUGCACCUGCACAUGACGGAUUCGCAGUCGUGGCCGAUGGAGGUGCCCGCGCUGCCGGACCUGGCCGGCAAGGGCGCGUACUACCCCGGCAUGAGCUACACCCCGCAGGACAUUGAGUCGAUCCAAAAGUACGCGCUGCAUCGCGGCGUCACGGUGCACAUCGAGUUUGACAUGCCCGGCCACACGACGGCCGUCAGCUGGGGCUACCCGGAGCUCGUUGCCGCCGCCGAGGCGCAGCCCCGGGCCAAGUACUGCGCCGAGCCGCCGUGCGGCACCCUGCAGCUCAACAACCCGACCGUGGACCGCUUCCUCGACACGCUGUUCGACGACGUGAUGCCACGCGUCGCGCCGUACGCGAGCUACUUUCACACCGGCGGCGACGAGGUCAAUGCCGAGGCGUACACGCUGGACCCGACGAUGCGCACGAGCGACAAGUCAAAGAUCCAGGCGCAGAUCCAAAAGAUGGUGGACCGCAACCAUGCGCAUGUGCGCAAGGCCGGGCUGACGCCGAUUGUGUGGGAGGAGAUGCUGCUCGACUGGAACCUCACGCUGCCGCGGGACGUGGUGGUGCAGACGUGGCGUGGGGAUGUCGCCAUUGCCGAGACUGUGAAGCAGGGCUACAAGGCGCUCGUCGGGAACAAGGCAUCCUGGUACCUAAGCUGCGGCAUGGGCUCCUGGUACAACGCCGCCAACGGCGCCGAGUUUCGGCAGCAGUAUCCCUUCAACGACUACUGCUCGCCGGUCAAGAACUGGCGGCUCGUGUACGCGUUCGACCCGCUGGCGGGUGUGCCGGCCAAUCUGACGCAGCUGGUGCUCGGCGGCGAGGUGCACCUGUGGUCGGAGCAGGCCGAUGGCGUCAACGUCGACGGGCUGCUGUGGCCGCGCACGGCGGCCGCGGCCGAGGUGCUGUGGUCCGGACGACACGACGCGACGGGCCAGAACAGGAGCCAGGUGGACGCGGCGCCGCGGCUGGCGGAGAUGCGGGAGAGGAUGGUGCUGGGUGGUGUGCAGGCGGGACCGGUGCAGAUGGUGUUUUGCACGCAAAAGGACGCACGGGAGUGUGUAUUCUGA